AAAGGGCGGGCAAGAUGGCGGCGCCCAUGGAGCUGUUCUGCUGGUCAGGGGGCUGGGGGCUGCCGUCCGUGGACCUGGACAGUCUGGCCGUGCUGACCUAUGCCAGAUUUACUGGUGCCCCACUCAAGGUGCACAAGAUCACCAACCCCUGGCGGAGCCCUUCAGGAACUCUGCCUGCCCUUCGGACCAGUCAAGGAGAAGUCAUCUCGGUACCACACAAGAUCAUCACCCACCUUCGAAAAGAGAAAUACAAUGCCGAUUAUGAUCUGUCAGCCCGGCAAGGGGCAGACACCUUGGCCUUCAUGUCGCUGCUGGAGGAGAAGCUGCUCCCGGUGCUGAUACAUACUUUUUGGGUAGAUGCCAAGAACUAUGUGGAAGUGACUCGGAAGUGGUACGCAGAGGCCAUGCCCUUUCCCCUCAACUUCUUCCUGCCCGGCCGCAUGCAGCGGCAGUACAUGGAGCGGCUGCAGCUCUUGUGUGGGGAGCACAGGCCUGAGGAGGAGGAAGAGCUGGAGAAGGAGCUCUACCAGGAGGCUCGGGAAUGCCUGACCCUUCUCUCUCAGCGCCUGGGCGCUCAGAAAUUCUUCUUUGGAGAUGCCCCCGCCUCCCUGGACGCCUUUGUCUUCAGCUACUUGGCCCUGCUGCAGCAGGCGAAGCUGCCCAGUGGGAAGCUGCAGGCCCACCUCCGGGGGCUGCACAACCUCUGUGCCUACUGCACCCAUAUCCUCAGCCUCUACUUCCCCUGGGAGGGAGCUGAGGUGCCACGUCCACGCCAGACACCAGCGAGCUCAGAGACUGAGGAGGAGCCAUACCGGCGCCGGAACCAGAUCCUAUCCGUGUUGGCGGGGCUGGCAGCCAUGGCGGGCUACGCCUUGCUCAGUGGCAUUGUCUCCAUUCAGCGGGCACCUCCUGCCCGGGCCCCAAGCACACGGGCCCUGGGCAUGGCUGAGGAGGAUGAAGAAGAAUGACGUAUAUGCUCCCAGGACUGAUUUUUUUACUGUCAUGCAUUCCAGGGGCCCCUCUGUUUCCCCGUUGUUGGUAUGGCUGGAAAUGUGGUGCCACCCCCAGAAUAAACCUGCUCACAAUGA